AUGUUAUCAAUGGCUACCACUUCAAACAAUACAUUGUCCCAAUACUCAUUGAGUCAAAAACAACAAGAUAACUGUAACCAAAAUAGUUCAAAAUCACCUUCACCCACCAUGGUACCACAACCACAUUUACAUCCACACUCUUCAAUAACGUUACCAUCAAUUCACUCUUUAGAUAUUCCAGCUUUUCCUCACUUUGAAGAAUAUAACAGAGCAAGUUUUUUCAGCCAAUAUGCUUCACCAUCUUCAUCCCCAACUCCAUCUACUACUUCAAAUUCCCCAACAUUGUUAAUACCCAGCGGUGAAAGAUCUCCGGUUUCUACAUACACCACCACUCCAAACGCUUUAAUGAGUCCUGUUGCUUCUCCCUAUUCUCCAGGUAUGGAUGCUACCAGAUCUAGAAGUGGCUCUAAUUUAUCUGUCAAAUCAGAACAAGCAUUUAGCUUGUCUUCAGAACAACAACAAAUCAUUAAAUCAUCCACAGAACAUACUUCUGCCACAUCAUCACCAACACAAACUAAGAAGAACUGGAAACCAAGAAAGAAGAGACAAUGUCCAGAAUGUAAAUUAUAUUUUUCAAACUUGGCUACACACAAGUCUACUCACUUGAAACCAAACAACCGUCCUCAUAUCUGUAAAUAUUGUGAACGUGGAUUUGCUAGACCAAACGAUUUAUUCAGACAUGUUAAAUGUCAUUGGAAAGAAAUCGGUUCUGAUAAAGGUCAAUUCAAAUGUCCAUUUAAAAACAUACAAACUGGUGACGAGCAACAACAUCAACAAGGUCCGGAUCAUUGUUGUCAUAACACUGGUAUUUUCUCACGUUGUGAUACUUUUAAAAAUCAUUUGAAAGCUAUACAUUUCCAAUAUCCAAAUGGUACUAAAAAAGAACAAAGAAAUCAAGUUAGUGGAAAAUGUAGAAUGUGUCAAACUGAGUUCAAGAAUGUUGAUGACUGGAUGCACAACCAUAUUGAAACCGACCAGUGUCCAUAUGCUAUUAAUUUGAUUAAGAAAGAUCAUUAA